AUGGCUUCACUGUUCCCUCGCUCGAGCAUUGAGCUCGACUACCCUCUAUAUGCCGUCGACUUCGACCCCGAGGAUGCGAAUCGAGUUGUUGUAGGCGGUGGAGGUGGUCCUAGUAAAACAGGUGUUGGAAACAAGAUUACUGUUCUCGAAACCGUUUCACAGAAUGAACUUCGCUCCGCCGGCGAGAUUACCCUUUCUCGCGAUGAAGACAGCGUCAUGUCCCUUGCUGUCGGUCCUCACAAGGGGAAAACCACAUACGUUUACGCUGGUGUCAACUCCAGUCCAGAAAGCCUCGCCCAGGGCAAGAAUGAGCAUCUCCGAGCUCUCAGUGUUGAUCCCUCCAAGCUGCGAACUUCCGUUGGAGCUAAGACACCCGAUGCGAACAUUACAGAGGCGUCGCGAACUUCUCUAUUCAAGAACCCAGAUAUCGACACAUACCAGCGACUAUUGCGCAUUGCAGGAUCAACCGGUGCCGCGGCUACAGCAAUGGGCAGGGAGCCCCAAAUAGCGAUCUUUGAUGUCGCAGGCCCUGUGGCCAAAUUGCGCGGCCUUCUGGAGCUGGAGAAGGAGGCUGAGGAUUUAGAUAUUGUUCAAACAGGAGAGAAUGACUUCCAGGUCGCAUACUGCUCCAAAUACGAACUGUAUCUUGUCAACAUCAGCGGAAAGGAGGUCAGCGAACCACGAAAGGUAUACACCAUGAAGGAUGACCAUGGCGAACGACCUGCUUUCCGAGCGAUUCGAUACCUGAGCCCCAACUUUCUUGCGGCUGCAUCUAACUUGCCCAAACGAAGCGGAGUGAUCGUCCAAGCUUUUAGGUUGCCUAAGGAUGAGCAAACAGAAGCGCGCUUGUCUAUCAACGCCAGAAUACCAAGGAAGAUCUCUGCAACAGCACUCGCUGUUGCUAACCUUUCUCCUCCAGCUUCGCCGUUCGGAUCUAUCGGUGACACACAAUUCGUCAUUGCUGUUGCGGGCCAUGAUUCCUCCAUUACUCUGUACACGCUCGAACAUUCAGUUGGAGGCAAUAUUGAGCUACUUGCCAAGUUAUGGCAUCUACAUACUCUGAAGGAAGUCCAUGGAGCAGACAACAUCACUGGCCUGGCCUUCUCCCACUUCACGACACCAAAGAACAACCUUCGCCAGCAGUACAUCAAGCUAGCUAGCACAUCUCUUCAGAAGACGGUUGCUGUCCACAGUAUUGCUCUGAAGAAGCACGCCGAAAAAUCUCCUCGCAACAAGAAGGGUCCUCCUCGUGCCCCUCGUUAUGUUACGGCUAAGGAUUCGCGCGAGGUCUCUUCCAGGGGUCUGCACAUCACAAUGGCUAUCAUUGUGCUCGUCAUGGCCCUCGUCGCACAGGGUGUUCUCGAACUCAUUGGUGGUAGCCCCCCGAUCUUGGGUGCGCAAAAGGCAUUCCCACAGUACGGCACUCUACGCACUCCCGAUCACCCACCAGCUGCAUUCCUCGCUGAUGAGUUUCUCGCCAAGCUAGCUGGCCGAGACGUCGUCAAGACCGUGACUGGUGAGACGCUCGUGGUGUACGAGGGCAAUGUCGCCCCUGCAACAGCCGGCGGCGAUGCUCAGGCUCCAGAGCUCAAGCUCGACGUCCAUGACCCUUCCGUACAUGGUCCCGGCAAGACCUGGGAGGAGUUGGGUGAGGAGCAGAAAGAGGCUUGGAAGGCCCGUCUUAAGGAGACCGGCGCCUGGACACAGACCAUGGGCGAGGCCAUCUUCAAGGGUAUUCUGUUUGGCGAGAUUGCGGGUGCUGUUGGCCGAGCUGUUGCUGGUUAA